AUGGAUUUGAAGUUGGUGAACCCCGGUGUUGUGGCUACCGAUGAGGUGAAGGAGGAGGAGGAGCGGGAGGAGGAGGAUGCAAAGGAGUUUGGUGGCACGUUGUGGGAAUUCGCAGCCAAAGAAACCCAUCUCAAUCCAUACUCUCCUUCCCCUUGGUACCACGUGCACUCCAUUCGGUCAAAGAUGGCCAGCGAAAAGUGUUCUUCGUGGCAGAUCGGGAUGCACCACUAUCUUGUCAGCGACAGAAAAGCUUCUUCCGCUGGGCCAACACCCAUCAGGGACGGAUUUCCUGUGGCAUCUCCAAUUACGACUUGGGCAGUUCCGGUACCAGGCAUCGGCCUCCUCUUCACUGAUGUCUGUGUUGCCGCUGGUUCCGUUGCUGGUGGUGGCGUCUACAGCGGUGCUGGCCUUGUUCGAUGCCAUGUUUGA